AGGACGCACUCCAUCCACAGUCUCGCUUCAGCCUCGCCACACCGGACUGUCAUCCGUGGAGCGCUCCGCCCGCAUCCCCCAGCAGCUCUCCGCCGCGGCUCACUUCUGCUCUCCUCGGGGUUUCCAGCUGGCCCGGAUCUGGCAUGGGUCCGAUCUGGUAGAAGGCGUGAGGUGUUUCCGAACCGUUAGCUGCGCGCUUUCAGACAGACCCGUAAAAAAAGAAAAGAAGAAGAAGAAAAAAAAAAAGAAAAACUCGCUCCGGCUGAAGGGAGAAUAAUGAUGGAGUAUUGGAGGCAGUGCGCGCUGUGGCUGAUCAACUGCAAGGUGCUCCCAGCUAGCCACAGGGUGACAUGGGAGUCAGCGCAGGUAUUCGACUUGGCUCAGACCCUCCGGGAUGGAGUCCUCCUGUGCCAUCUGCUCAACAACCUGAAGCCCCAGUGCAUCAACCUGAAGGAAAUCAACCUUCGGCCGCAAAUGUCACAGUUCCUGUGCCUGAAGAACAUCCGGACCUUCCUGGUGGCGUGCAGCGACUCAUUCGGCAUGAAGAAGAGCGAGCUGUUCGACGCCUUUGACCUUUUUGAUGUCAGGAACUUUGGGAAGGUUAUGGAGACGCUGUCCCAGCUUUCCCACACAAGCAUUGCACAGCAAACAGGAAUCAGACCUUUUCCUACAGAGGAGAGCGUAGAAGACGAGGACAUCUACAACCACCUGGAGGACCUCAUUGAUGAGAACGGCGUGGAGGAUGAGGAGGACCUGUACGCCUGCGUGUACGACGACGAGGAAGGCGGGGAGAUCUAUGAGGACCUGAUGAAGACGGAAGCCAUCCCUCCUCCGGCGUUCCAGAAGCAGGCGGAGGUCGACAUCAGGAGUUGCUGUUUAACAGAGAUCAAGCAGACCGAGGAGAAAUACACCGAGACCCUGGAGUCUAUAGAGAAGCACUUUAUGAAUCCCCUCAACAUGUUUUUUUCAACGGCUGAGAUGGAGAAAGUGUUUGUGAAUAUUCCGGAACUGGUUGAGGUUCACAAGUCUUUACUGCUGCAAAUCCAAGAUUCAGUCCACCACAGAAGUUCCCAGAACCUUUACCAGAUAUUCAUCACUUUCAAAGAGAGGUUGUUGAUCUAUGGGAAAUACUGCAGCCAUGUGGAGACGGCCAUCGCCACCCUCGAUGACAUCUGCAAAAACAGAGAGGACGUACGCAUGAAGCUGGAGGAAUGUUCAAAGAGAGCCAAUUAUGGCAAGUUCACUUUGAGAGACCUGCUCGUAGUUCCCAUGCAGCGGGUGUUGAAGUAUCAUCUCCUUUUACAGGAGCUGGUCAAACACACCCAUGACGCCUCUGAGAAAAGUAAUCUACGGACGGCGUUAGAUGCGAUGAAGGACCUGGCGCAGUACGUCAACGAAGUCAAACGGGACAACGAGACGUUGAGGGAAAUCGAUCAGUAUCAGAGAUCCAUUGAAAACCUGAACCAACCUCUGGGCAACUAUGGGAGACCCAAAGGCGACGGGGAGGCGCGGGUGGCCUCGGUGGACAAACGAACUAAACAGGACAGGCAUAUUUUCCUGUUCGACGCUGCGGUGAUAGUUUGCAAGCGGCGAGGGGACAACUAUGAAAUGAAGGAAGUGAUCGACCUGCACCUCUUCAAGAUUACCAACAACCCAACGUCGGACAAGGAGAACAGAAAGUGGUCCUACGGAUUCUACCUCACUCACAACCAGGGCCAGAACGGCUUUGAGUUUUUCUUCAAAACCAAAGAGCUGAAAAAGAAGUGGCUGGAGCAGUUCGGCAUGGCCAUAUCAAACAUCCGUCCUGAGAACGCAACCAACAAUUUCCACGAGUUCCGGAUGCACACCUUCGAGAGAAUCACCUCUUGCAACUCGUGCCACUUGCUGCUUAGGGGGAUCUUUUACCAGGGCUACCAGUGCUCCAAGUGUGGUUUAGGCGCCCAUAAAGAAUGCCUCGGACGCUUUGGCUGCUGUGGAAAAACAGAUUCCGGCUCCGUCAGAACUCAGGGCAAACAUCGAGAUCCAGGUCUGCCCAAGAUGCUGGUCAUCAGGAACUACUUUGGCGUGCCGAGCCCCGCUUCUGGUCCGCCACUCACCAUCCAGACCGGAGACAUCAUUGAAUUAUUAUGCGCCGACCUGCACAGCCACUGGUGGCAGGGCCGGAUCCUGUCGACGAAAGAGGCUGGCUUCUUUCCAAGCGACGCCGUGCGGCCGUGUCCGUGUGUGCCGAAGCCGGUCGAUUACUCCUCACAGCUGUGGUUUGCAGGCCCAAUGGAGAGGUUUCAGGCUGAAGCAGAACUCCUCAACAGGGUCAACAGCACCUAUUUGGUCCGCCAUCGCAGCAAAGAGUUCACAGAGUACGCCAUCAGCAUAAAGUACAACGGCGACGUGAAGCACAUAAAGAUCCUGACCAAGGAGGGCUGCUACUACAUUGCCGAGAACAAGAAGUUCAGGAGCAUAUUAGAGCUGAUCGAGUACUACAAACACCACUCUUUGAGAGAAGGCUUUAAGAGUCUGGACACCACCCUGCAGUUCCCUUACCGGGAACCGGAGAACGCAGCGGUGCACCGCUUCAACCGACCGGGCAGCAACACUCCAUUGCUCUGCGGCCUCUCUCUCGUAACGCCUGCCGGCUACAGCUUUGUGCCUCCUUCCUCUGCUCCCUUCUGGUCAGGUACAGUGCUGACGCCCAAAGUGAUCGGCGUGGCCAUAGCGCGUUACGACUUCAGCUCGAGAGACACCCGCGAGCUGUCGCUGCAGGAGGGAGACGUGGUGAAGAUCUACACAAAGUCCGGCGCCAACGGCUGGUGGCGGGGCGAGGUCAACGGCCGGGUCGGCUGGUUUCCGUCCACGUACGUGGAGGAGGGUGAGGAGUGAGCGGCCCGGAGUGGGAAGACGAGUAGGAUUAAAGAAGAGCGGCGGUGGCGGCGGGGCCGAGCGGCGCGGCCCCUUGAAUCUCCUGCUGCCUGAAACGGUCCCGGCAGCCUUCGGCCGAGAGAAAGGGCUCCAGUCGGCUGCGGAGGCAAACAAGCCCCAUCCUUUCCGGUGGCUAAGCAGCUCCACCGACAAGCAGCUUGACUGUCAGCGGGAAACGAGCUCGGCAGACACUCCCCCUCUCCCUCCUUUUUUUUUUUUUUUACUUCAUCCAUCCAUCCAUCUAUCCAUAAUUUAUCCCUCGCUUACUCUCUGCCCCCAGUCUGCCGCCGUCCCCUCCCCCCCCUGCUCCCCGCCCGCCAAGUCAGGCGGCACCAGAACUGUCACAAGUGAAGACUUGGAUGCCACUCACGCACUCAUCUAUCUAUCCUUUUAUCAUUAUUUAUCCAUCUGUCCAAGCUCUCUGUGAGGAAUUAAAGCAGGAGUCCCCCUACGUAAAUUUUUUUUUUUUUUUUUUUUUUGCUUCCUCCUUUUCAUUUUACUCUGGAGGGAUUCCAGCCAGUGUUGACCUUGCUUGCUUCACAAAUGCAGGUUGUUAUUGAUGACUCGGUGGCCCAGAUUCACUGACACACACACACACACACACACACACACACACACACACACACCCCUCCCUCCUCCUUCAUAUCGCGAUGGCAGCGUGGUCCCGCUCUUACUGGGGACGAGCAGAGAGCCGCAGCGAGGGGACGUUGUCGGAUAGUGUCGCCGCGCAGCCGUCGUUCCCGUUUUCCUCUCGCUUCUUGCUGCAUUUGCUCUCCGAUCCUGGCCUCUCGUGUUUUUCCAGCUGUCCCGGACGUCAGCGAUCCUCUGCUCUUACCGGUGGCAGCUCUGUCAACACGGGGAUUUAUCUUAUUACAGGCGUUAGCGGCCAGAGCCGAGCCACCCGGAAGGGCCUCAGUAAGGAGUUGUUGCUCUGGGCUUAUAGGGGCUUCAAAAGUUGUCACACCGCUUGAACUUUUUUACAUUUGACAAUUUUCUACAGUUUACACAGAGAAAGGUCUGAAAGUCAGAGCUGGAUUUACCCCCCCUCUACUUAAAUAUUGCUAUCAGCAGCUCCUUAAUAGCCGUGCAGUGCUGAGGGAAGCAUCCCCACAGCGUCAUGCUGCCACCACCGUGUUUCACCACAGGGAUUAUGUUCUGAGUGACGAGUAGCUUUGGUUUUCUGCCACACAGUGUUAUGCAUGUUUGCCUGAAGGUUUUGGUCAGCUUUUGCUUUUAUUUGACCAGAGCGUCUCCUUCCAGAUUUCUGCUCUGGACUUUUUAUGGCUGUAUUUGAAAAACGGAUUUGUUUUCUCCUAACUCUUCCCAACGGUUGGAGGCUGGACUUUCCAUCCUCCUGUGGACAGAAUCUGUUAUCUAAACUCCUCCAGAGCUACCGUGGGCCUCUCUGCAGCCUGUCAGAUUAUUCUAUGUCACACCUUAUAGUUUUAUUCAGGAGUCUGUGGUUGUUACACAUGUAAGAGUUUAAUAGGUGUGGAUACUUUUGCACAGCGAUGGGAAUUCAUCUGCGCACAUUUGCCCGAUCCUGUCCUGAUUUAUCUGUAGUAUGAAAACGUAUGAAGCCAAAUUUGUGCUUUUCUUACAUUUUUAACCUUGUUUAUGAUCAUCUUGGAGGCCGAGUGGCAGACAAACCAGAGUCGACGAGAACACUACCUGGAUUUCCUUUUUAAUGUUUUAUUUUGGUACCUUUUCAUUGUUUUCACUCCGCCUCACAACUUUUGUGACACGCUUGGAUCUUUUCGUUGUGCCUCCCACCAGCUCCACUUGAAGCUGUACAUGAAGAUGUACGGAGGUGCGUUUGAAGGCGACGCUAAGUUUCAGGGCUCAGACGGAAAUUUAACCCGGAUCAAGUCAGCUGUCAUUUCGGAAAAUCAGCCCCGAGGCGACCCUUCGAUCCUCGGUUCCCACCCAUCCCCCCGUCACGUCUUCAUUGUGUCGAUGCCAGCUCGUAUUGUGCCACCGUUUCACUUAAUGGUUUCGUGUUGUGGUGUUUUGUGGGCCUAAUGGGUCCAUUAUGUGUGGAAGUCAUGAAUAACACCCUGCCACAUCUGACACUCACUGCUUUUACCACGUUUUGUUCUCUCUCUUUUUUUUUUUUUUGUUCUCUGUCAAAUUAUUUAACCGCACGACGAAGAAAUGUGUCAGGAAGGCGUCACAUAAAUGAUUUUUUUUUUUUUUUUUUUUUUUAAAUAACAACAGUGUCACUAAGUGACCACUAGAUGGAAGCAUCCUAAAUGCUGCUCUGUCUGGAGAUGACAUCAUGAUUAGCAGGUGAAGCUGUGAGGCUUAGAGACGGAGGAAGCUUUUACACAGUAAAGGGAUAGUUUUAAUUGCUCGGCUUCAAGACAUUUUGGCUUCAGGUUUCAUUUUGAAAUGUCUGCUGUUCCAGAAAUUUAAUGCAGAUUAUAAAUCCUGAAAACCUUACUUUGAUAGCUUCUCCGGGAAAGCUUUGGAAGACCUUCGCUGGCACCAGUGUGAUAGAUCGUGCCUCCCUCUCCCAUCCUUGGGAACAACAGAGCUGGUUCUCUAAUCGCAGACUCCAGUAAUCCACUCCCGCUCCUCCUCCUCCUCUUCGUUGGCCUAGUUGAACUCUGACAGCAGGGCCGUUUAGAGCUGCGGGCCUUCCUCUCCUUCCCAACGCGACUUCCAGACUUUCUUCUUCUUCUUCUUUUUCUUUUUUGUUUGAGCGCAGGAGGGAUUGGUGGACGGCUCAAGGGUAUCUGUGAUCUAAUCAUUACACCAUCUCCUCACCUCAGCGACCCCGCUGCAUUCAUCUCUCUGUCGGCUGCCGCCCCUGUCUUACCGUGUCACCUCUCUAUCUCUACUCCCCCCCCCCCUCUUUUCCUGUCUGUCUCCCAUCCGAUCGUUGUCUUCUCAGCUGUUCAGCUGCUGUACGCGAGGAGGGAAGAGGGGGGUGGGAGACAUAUCCACACACAAAGUGUUAACAAGUUUAACUUCACCUCAGAUUAUUUUUAUGCCAGUCACCCCAACAUGCAGAGAUGAUUUCUACAUGCUGUCAUUUCUUUCACCAUCCGGCCUCUGUCUCGAUGGAAGCUUGCGUUCAGCGGUCUGUGUGUCUGUGUUUUGUUAUGCCAGUAAAGCCAAAGAUGUAUGCUGUAUCUGCUGUCUCCUAACCACGGUACCCAACCACUGAGGCCUGACUCUAAAACGGUGCAAUCCUAACUGUGUAGCGGAACCCUGUGAUGUUGCUGUAUCAUACUGUAAAUAAUGUACAUAGAGCGGAAUAAAGAUAUACGCUGCUUCUUCUAA